CCUUGAAAUUACAUCAUGGUUUCUUCCGCCGACGAGUGAGACAUUGAACGUGUUGUGCUGUAUAUAUAUUGUUGUCUUCGCUUACUUACUUGUCUUUUAAGUUCCACUAGUAACCAGCUUAGCUGGGUAUCAGGCCGCUCUUUGACAUCCCACAACUACCUUGUCAGAUACGACUGUCAAUCAAUCAUGUUAAGACAGUUUCCCGUCUUGUUGGGCGCCGUCUCGGCCGUCUCAUCACGGACUAUCCCAGAGAAGCGACUGGACAAUGGCGUUGGACGCACGCCGGCACUUGGAUGGAACUCCUGGAACCAGGGACAUUGCGAUGCGGCCACAGCUGAGGUGGUGCUGAAUACAGCCCAGGCCUUCAUCGACCUGGGCCUGAAGGACCUCGGCUACGAGUACGUCAACAUCGACGACUGCUGGUCGACCCACGAGCGCAACAGCACCGGCCACCUCGUCGCGGACCCAGUCAAGUUCCCCAAGGGCAUCGACGGGCUGGCGAGCGAGAUCCACGACAUGGGGCUGAAGCUGGGCCUGUACGGCGACGCGGGCACGCUGACGUGCGCCCUGUACCCGGGGUCGUACGGGUCCGAGCAGAAGGACGCCGACACGAUCGCGGCCUGGGGCGUCGACUACUGGAAGUUUGACAACUGCCUGACCGAGGAGGUCUACACCAACAAGGGCAUCCAGUCCUUUGAUUACUACCCCAUCAUGCGCGACGCCCUGCUCAAGACCGAGCGGCCCAUCCUGUUCUCCCUGUGCCAGUGGGGCAGGGACGAGGUCUGGACCUGGGGCGGCAAGGUCGGCAACUCGUGGCGCAUGUCUGAGGAUAUUACCAAUGACUGGGACUCGGUCUCGAGCAUCGCGGCGAGGGCUGCCACCAUGCACGAGCAUGCCGCUCCGGGUGAGUUUAACGAUUUGGACAUGAUGGAACUCGGCAACGGGGUCCUCACUGAAGCCGAGGAGCGAGCCCAUUUCGGUCUGUGGGCCAUCAUGAAGUCGCCCAUCAUCAUGGGCACAGACAUGACCAACCUGGGAGAAUCGACCCUGGCGAUUAUCAAGAACAAGGACAUCCUCGCCAUCAACCAAGACCCCCUGGGCAAGGCGGCCACCACCUUCACGCCCAAGGGCCAGCCCGAGCCGGUCAGCGGGGAGCUGUACAAGUACUACGCUGGGGAGCUCUCGGACGGGGUGGUCGUCGGUCUCGUUGCCGCGGACGGGGCGGAGACGCUGACGGUCAAUUUCAGCGACGUGCCAGGUCUGGGCGAGGGCGAGUAUGCGUGGACGGAGCUGUAUAGCGGACGCACUGGCACGGGCUCGUCUGUGUCACAGGAGCUGGACACGCACGACAUGGCCGUGUUCAAGGUGGUGACUGAUGCAGAGCAGCGUGGCGUAAAGACUCGGGGGUUCAUGUUACUAGCUCGUCCAUAUAUUCACCAGUACCUGGGAAAAUAGUUCCACUAGUAUGCUAGCAUUUGGAGUAAUGAACUCAUUC